ACAUUAAGUAUGGCUUAAGUGUAUGGAAAUAUAUUCAUGGCCACUUUAUUAUAUAAUUUUUGUAAUAAUUUGCCACCAUGCAGCUUCUUGAAGUUAUGACUUCCUGUAAGUACAUAACCCACCAUACAAACAGAAAGUGUGUGUGUGUGUGUGUGUGCGUGUGUGCACGCAAUGAGACCACAUUUCUUUCCUCUGUGUGUUCCAUUUCUGUUCAGGAAACUGUAAGCUGUGAUCUGAGUGAGAAUGUUUGUGUUUUUUUCCUCCCUCCCUCACGCAGUCAUUCAUACGUGAGCUGAGUGUCUUACUCUCUCUAUAACACUGUUUUUCCGAACCCUGCGUGGAACAAUGUGUGAGGUAUAACAGUCAACACACCUUCAGAACAUCCUCGUGCUCUUCAGAACUACUGUAUAUCAGACGCGUGAGAGGCUGAGGACAGUUUUAAUCUUCAGCAACAUGACACUCAAAUCACACUGCUCACAUCAGCGCACACCGACAGGAUCUCUAUGGAGCAGCGGACACUGCAAAAGACAGCACAGCUCUAAAUCACAGCAGCACAACUACCUCACAAGAACACAUCCCAUGGAGCAGAGGAGGCCCAAACCUCACAGGUUCCACUCCUGCCUGAUGUUUCGCUUAAAGGAAUGUGUGAGGAUGGACCACAGCCAGCCCAAAAGAGACGUCCAGGAAAGCACAGAGAGCAGACUGAGGGAGCUGGCCCUCAAAUGGUUUACAGAGACCCAGGCACCUCUGAUUCUCCACAACGGCAACUUCCCAGAAUGGUUCCAAGGAUUUAUCAGCAGAAAGGAUGCAGAGGAGCAUCUGAGAGACAAGGAACUGGGAUGUUUCCUCAUUCGGCUCAGUGAUAAAGCCACUGGAUACAUUCUGUCAUACAAAGGUCGUGAUCGAUGUCGGCACUUUGUCAUCAAUCAGAGUAAAGACGGGCGUUUUAUUGUGACGGGCGACACAGAGAUGCAUGAUACUCUCACCAGCCUCAUCGAAUAUUACAAGACCAGACCCAUUGAACCGUUUGGAGAAUAUCUGACACUCUCCUGUUUUGAGUCAUCCAUAAGUGAGCUCUAUGAUGUGAUUCAUUUUGACCUGAGGGAGAAGCCAGUAUUAAGUGUUAAAGCUGCAAAGGAUAUUUGGGACGAUCACGAGGCACUGCAACCCCCUGCCCUGCCGCCCAAAGGACCCAGAAACACACCCGCAGUGCCGCCGGUGCCAAGAAAAUGCCCUCCUCCGAAAGCUGCCUCUAUAAAAGCAAAGCACAGCCCAGAGAAUGUGCUGUACACAACGAUAGACCUGCAGAAGCCCAGAGAAAGAGCCAGAACGCCCACACAGGGCAAAGACAUUUCACUUACAGCUUUCCGAGGGGAACCCAGAGCCCCGAGGCUACAGAAAGUUCCUGCCGCAAACCAAGGAACCAUUUACUCUGAGCUCUUAGUGCCGAACUGCAGAAGCCAAUCCCUGCCCUUCCUGGAAGACGACAGUGAAGAAGGACACUUUAAUAGAAGAAGCCAACCGCAAAUGUCUUCCCACAUGCAGAGAGAACAACUCAGCAAUCCAGGUUUGGAAAUACUGUGCAAUUCAUCGGUUUAUCAGUUAGCCGGAACACAUGGCAACCAAAGCACAAGAUUGUCAAAGGUCAAUAUACAGGAAAGUGACGUUAUAUAUGCCAAGGUGCCUCUUGAACACUUUCAAAAUCACUUCCUGGCUGACGACAUGUAUGAGCAGAUUCCUGAUUCACGGCCUACAGCGAGAGCAGAGGAGACAUCGCACACUAAUACUUACGAAACGUUAACAGACUUAAAAUCCAAGCAGAUUUUAUCUGCCCGCCCCCUUAAGACUGAGAAAUGGAAAUGGCUCACCCCCGAAUACUGGAAAAAAUAACCUCUUCAGAUGAACUUUACACUAAUGAA